UUAGAAAAUGGAUUUUGUAUUUCGUACCUGCACUCCUGGGGCUGCUGCUGAGGGUGUACGGGAUCAGUAUGCCGAUGGAAAAGCUGCUGAAGUCUGGAAAACUUUAAUUGGAGAUAAAAAACAACGUACUCUAGUUUACAAAGACUUUUUAGUGGGUUUGUUACGUGAAAAGGGGUGCAAAAGAAUCCUUGAUGUUGCCUGCGGCACAGGAAUUGACUCUGCAAUGCUCAUUGAAGAUGGAUUCCAAGUUGUCAGUGUUGAUGCUUCUGAUAAAAUGCUCAAAUAUGCGCUCAGUGACCGCUGGGAUAGAAGAAAAGAACCUGGUUUUGAUAAAUGGGUGUAUAAAUAAGCUGUUCAGUAACAUUGGUAUCAGUCUUAACGAGUCUCACGACUAAAUCCAGUCCAAUAGUCUGGUAAAUU